UGGGCGUUUGUUUGUUUAUUUAUUUCGCGAUGUAUUGUUCGUUUGCAGUGGAUACACAGGGAACUAAACCAUAUCUCAGUAAAAAACUCAUCGCAGUUGGCUCAGAGACACUGUUGAAUGAACUAAAGGCCUUCAUUUGAGGAUACUCUGGACUCCAUGACCAUCCUGCCUUUGGCCCAGUGAAAUAUGAUUUUGAGCGAUGGAUGAAUCAAAAUGAUGCCUGUCACUCAGUCAAGUCCAGCUUUAGAUGUUGCCACUGUCAAAACAGUUUUGAACCGAGGGUCCACUGCAGGAGAUGAAAGCUGAGGAUAAACCCAUACAGUACUUGCUGUUUGAAUCGAUGCCGCAGCCGUCUGCAUGUGCAUAGAUAAGAGAGAGGACAUCGCGUGGAUCCUCUAGAGCCCGCUGGAAAAGAACUCCCAGUGAAAGUCAAUGGUUACCAACAUUCUUCAAAAUAUCUUUUGUGCUCUGCAGAAGAAAGAAAGUCUUCUAAAGUUGAGAAACAGACUAAAAUUGGUGGAAGCAGCCAGUCAUCCAUGAAGACAGCAGCAGCUCACAGAUUUGCUGCACAGCUCUGGGGCAAUGGCAUUACACAACACGUUGGCAGGAAAAGCUUUGUGCACACGAGAGACUGUGGCCAUGGAAGCUCUGGAUGAGACCAGAAAAAACUGUCAUGCAGCUGGCUCUAGAAAUAAACACAAACCACUUGUAGGAUUCAAGCUCCAUGUUGAGGGGAAAUGCAUUCUACUGAGGGAUGGGAGUCCUCAUCCAUUGCACACUGGCAGGAGAACUCGAGUGAUGGGAGAUGUUGCUAUGUGUGACAGAGCCUGGAUGUGCCCAGACAUGAUGCCAGGGGAGAUGAGGUGUCGUUGUCAGCCGAUGAGGUUUUUUCUUUAAAUCUAAAGGUUCCCCGGCACUAAUUUAAAGUCAAAGUGCAGAACUCCUGAGCGGGAGGUGAAUGAUUGUCUCAUUGGCUCGACUUAGACAAACGACUCCAGUGCGCUAGGCGCCAUGAGAUGUAAAGAGAAGCUUCGCAGGCAGGAAUGUCAAAUAGCCGCUGAGACUUAAAGGGCCUCGGGGCUGGAGGAAAGAAUGGACAGCACGCUGUGGAGCACAGAGCGAUGCCGAGGGAAAUGACGUCUGUGACCCCUGAACACAGAGUCUGUGAUGAGCUCAUUAUCACGCAGAGAGCAGAAACGAACAAAAUGCAGCCGCUCCCCUGAUUACGUCAAAAAGUCCUACCGAGGAAUGAAGUCCAGACUAAUGAAGAGUAAUGAACAAGGCCAAGCACCUCACCUGGACCAUCGCUCCAUCCCGUGAAAGUUUGUCAUCUUUUACGAGGGGAGAUACGGAGCUCGAGUCCACACACGGCAGACACGCGUCUAUCUAGCAUUGGAUUGUGUCUCAUUCGCAUCUUCAAAAUGAAGAGAAGGCAAAAGCGCGUUCUGCAGAUGGCAUUUCUGUUUAUGGUGGCUUUAAUUUUUCUGCCAAACGUCGGCCUUUGGUCAAUGUACAGAGAGAAGAGCCUUAUGAAGUCGCAUGAGCCAGGAGAGCAGGGCUUCCCGCUGGGCUUAAGUGAUGGCCACAUUUAUACCUGGACAGACGGUUUGAGAAGAAGAGACUGGCAUGACAACGAGAGCAUCAGGAAAGACAGCCAACGUGUUGGAAAAGGGGAGCACGGGAAACCAUACCCGCUCGCAGAGGACGAGUGUGAUGACUCAGUAUACAAAGAGAAUGGCUUCAACAUCUACGUCAGCAACAAUAUCGCUCUGGACCGCUCCCUUCCUGACAUCAGACAUCCAAACUGUAAGCAGAAGCUGUAUCUUGAAAACCUCCCAAACACCAGUAUUAUCAUCCCGUUCCAUAACGAAGGCUGGUCCUCUCUGCUCAGAACCAUCAACAGCAUCACCAACCGCACACCCGACCACCUGAUCGCAGAGAUCAUACUAGUAGACGACUACAGUGACAGAGAGCACCUGAAGGCGCAUCUGGAGGAGUACAUGUCCAGAUUUCCUAAGGUCCGUAUCGUGCGCACCAAGAAGCGUGAGGGUCUGAUCCGCACACGGCUGCUGGGAGCAUCAGUGGCUAGAGGAGAAGUCCUUACUUUCCUGGAUUCUCACUGUGAAGCCAACAUCAACUGGCUGCCGCCAAUGCUCGACCAGAUUGCCCAGAACCACAAAACCAUUGUGUGUCCCAUGAUAGACGUGAUUGACCAUAACCACUUUGGAUACGAAGCACAGGCAGGGGACGCCAUGAGGGGAGCCUUUGACUGGGAGAUGUAUUACAAACGCAUUCCCAUCCCAUCUGAGCUACAAGGACCAGACCCCAGCGACCCAUAUGAGUCUCCUGUGAUGGCCGGAGGCUUGUUUGCUGUAAACCGACAGUGGUUCUGGGAACUGGGAGGAUAUGACACAGGCCUUGAGAUCUGGGGCGGCGAGCAGUUUGAAAUAUCCUUCAAGGUGUGGAUGUGCGGAGGCAGAAUGUAUGAUGUACCUUGUUCAAGGGUGGGCCACAUCUACAGGAAGUACGUCCCCUACAAGGUGCCUUCAGGGACCAGCCUGGCAAGAAACCUGAAACGAGUGGCAGAGACAUGGAUGGAUGAGUACACAGAAUACAUCUAUCAGCGCCGGCCCGAGUACCGCCAUCUCUCCACCGGUGACCUGACCUCUCAGAAAGAGCUCCGCAAACACCUCAAAUGUAAAGACUUCAAAUGGUAUAUGAACACUGUGGCCUGGGACCUGCCCAAAUAUUACCCACCUGUGGAGCCACCGCCAGCUGCCUGGGGAGAGAUCCGUAAUGCAGCGUCUGGUUUGUGCAUCGACUCUAAACAUGGUUCCACGGGCACCGAGCUGCGUCUGGACACUUGUCUGAAAGAGGGCGCCGAGCGAACAUGGGCACAUGAGCAGAUUUUCACGUUUGGCUGGAGAGAGGACAUCAGGCCUGGGGAUCCCCUGCACACCAGAAAAUUCUGCUUCGAUGCUAUUAGUCAGAAUAGCCCCAUCACCCUGUAUGACUGCCAUGGUAUGAAAGGCAACCAGCACUGGAGCUACAGGAAGGAUAAGUCUUUGUACCACCUGGUGAGCAACGGUUGCAUGGACUGUAGCCCUGGCGAUAAGCGGAUUUUCAUGAACAAGUGCGACUCCGAGUCUGAAACACAACAGUGGAUCUUCCAGAAAGUCAACACUACCGUUCUGGACAAAUUCAACAGCGGCGCCAGCUCAUAGGACCUGGGGUUGUGGUCAAGCCAAUCAGCUGGCUUCCACACAUACACACACCUCCCACAAUCCUUAACGUGGGCCUGGAUGUUCUUACUGUCUGGCUCUGGGUUCCUCUCAAGGUUCUGCAGCAGACUGAGCAAGUGCAGGCUCUUGAAAGAGGGGACUAGAAACACAGAGAGACACAAGGCUGGUGGAAACGCAUCCACAAUGAGCACCUUGCUGGUCGAGGAGAAUACAAACAGCCUGGACUCUCUAGCACGGGUCUAAUUUGGGCCCCCAGUUGCUCCCUAUACAUCAAAAAACAGUGCAGCUUUAGGACUUUGGAAGUGGAGUCCAGUGAAAGAAUGUUCUGUAUCAGUCCUUGGAGAUUGCAUGGGGGAUUUGUACAAAACCAGAAAGUUUGCUCUCAGAUUUUAGUCUUUUUUUUUUUUUUAACACUAUUUAUUUUUCUCUGGGAUUGUUUCGACUGUAUAUUUAUUUGUAUUUAUUUGGUGCCUUUUCCAGGUUUAAGUUAUGUGUAUUGACUCGGUUUUAUCAUCUCUUGUACCUGUUAGAGUCAAACAAACUUGGGUCGAGGCGUUGGGUUGACCUAAUUAAAUGAGAUCUUUGAUUUUUCAAUGGAAUCUAUCUUGUUACAGAGUUUCUCGUCUAUAAAUA